UGUGAUGUUAUUGUAAUAUACAAUUAAAUAUUAAUGUAAGUAAUCGAAUAAUGAUCUCAACCAUAAUAUGGCAACAUAAUAUUAUGUCGAAUGCAAAAGUAGACAUGAGGCUAGGUGGACAUGGUGUAAAAAUAUUAAAUGUGAGUCAAGAAAAUAAACUUGUUAUUAGGCGCAUGAACAUUAUAAUAAUAUAGGUAGAGAAUUUAUAAAUAAUAACUAAUAAGCAAACUCUAUAUUUUAGAGAGGUACACUAAUAUUACAAAUCAAUUUAUGAAUUUCGAUCAAAAUAUGAAACAAGAGCAUUUGGUCUUGAGUACAAACCACGGCGUUGAUCAUUUACAAUAUGUCAGAUCUAAUAAUGCACUAUUUGACUGCAUUACACAACUUGGUUUGUUCAAGAUAGCACGAUCAGUCUGCAUUUGUAUGAGAUGUAAAAUUGAAUGUAACUUGGCGGCCGUACAACACUGUUCGAGCUUGCUCGAAACUCUCACGGGUGUAGGAGUGAUUAGCGGCGGCGGUUCCCAAACGGACUAUUGCCCAGGCACAGUACGCGCGUUAGCUAGUCAUGCGGCUGCUGGUCAGUACCAGUCUUCC